AUGCCUGGAGGUGCCGUGUUCGGUGCUCCUGCCGUUUCAGGUGGUUAUCUAUCUGGAAGAGCAUUGAUCUUCCCGCUAUGCCUGGUCAUCUCACUAUUCUUUCUCUGGGGAUUCUCUUACGGACUGCUCGAUGUGCUCAAUAAGCACUUCCAGAAUGUGUUGGGCAUCACGAAGCUUGAGUCGACUGGUCUCCAGGUCAUGUACUUUGGUGGAGGGUAUUUCCUCUUUUCGCCAAUUGCUGCCGAGGUUAUGAAGCGCUUUGGUUACAGGGCAACGAUUCUCAUGGGACUGUCGUUGUACUCGAUCGGAGCUGUUAUGUUCUGGCCAACAGCGCACUUCGCGUCUCCAGAAACCCAUCUUCGUUCGUUCGGCGGCUUUCUGGCGUGUACUUUCGUCAUCGCUUGUGGUCUUGCGACGCUUGAAACUAGCGCAAACAGCUACGCCGUCGUUAUCGGCCAUCCCGCAACUGCUUCCGCCCGAUUGCAGUUCUGCCAGUCAUGGAAUGGUGUCGCCUCCUUCAUAGGCCCCCUCAUUGCAUCCAAGGCUUUCUUCUCAGGCGGCAACGAGAACGAUCUCACCAACGUACAAUACGUCUACCUCGCUGUAGCAUGCGCUGGAGCCGCCGUCGCCGUUCUCUUCAUCUUCGCCAAACUCCCAGAAGUCGCAGAAGAGGCCGCUGGCCGUUCGGCAUCCAUCGUUGGAGGAGACUCUGAUGUUGGUGUUCAUCAGAACACUGAUAUUACUCUUGUUCAAGAGUACGGUGUGGCUAUCGUCGACAAGCCGAUCUACAAGGAGUGGAACAUGAUCUGCGGGUUCAUUGCCCAGUUCUGUUAUGUGGGCUCCCAAGUCACGAUUGCAACUUUCUUCAUCAACUACGCUCACGAGAACGCCGGUUAUGCCGAUUCUCAAGCCUCGCAGAUGCUGUCAUAUGGCCUGAUCGUUUUCACUGUUGGUCGCUUCGUGGCCACAGGUCUAGCCGUCAUUUUCGAAUCGAACUUCCUCUUGGUUGUCUACUCUAGCAUUGCUAUCGCUCUGACUGCGUACGUUUCCGCAGGACAAGGAAAAGCAGCCGUGGGUGUAUUGAUCUGUACCAUCUUCUUUUUCAUGGCCCCAAUGUACCCGACAAUCUUCACUCUCGGCACCGCCAACUUGGGAAAGAACACACGUCGUGGUGCUGGAAUUCUCGUCAUGGGAGUGUCUGGUGGUGCCGUCUUCCCUCCAAUCCAGGGAGCAAUUGCCACCAAUGUCAACACCAGAAUCUCCUACAUCGUGCCAACCGUUGGGUUCGUGGCCGUACUGACCUAUGCCAUAUACCACUGGUGCACACGCGGCUGGCACGUCCUCCGUGUCAAGGGCGAGAAAGUCAUUGCUACAUCCCUUGAAGGUGGGGCUAUGGGAGGCGUCGUGCAGACUGUGCACUACGACGAGAAGAGACUCUCGGUCGUGGAUAUCGAUGAGCGUCGUCGGUCUAGCGUUGUCGCGCCUAUGACUGGCGGUAUUGGAUCUGGCAAGUACUAG